AGAGCUGCUGGUUAGCAGUGGAAAGGGAGCCUCAUCGCCACCAUGAACUUCUCUGGCAAGUACCAAGUUCAGAGCCAGGAAAACUUUGAGGCCUUCAUGAAGGCAGUCGGUCUGCCUGAUGACCUCAUCCAGAAGGGGAAGGACAUCAAGGCGGUGUCAGAAAUCGUGCAGAAUGGAAAGCGCUUCAAGCUCACCGUGACCUACGGGUCCAAAGUGAUCGAAAACGAGUUCACCCUGGGGGAAGAGUGUGAGAUGGAGAUGAUGACAGGGGAGAAGGUCAAGACGGUGGUUAAUAUGGAAGGUGAUAAUAAACUGGUGACAAAUUUCAAAGGCAUGAAGUCGGUGACUGAACUCAACGGAGACACGCUCACCAGCACUAUGACAUUGGGUGACGUUGUCUUCAAGAGAGUCAGCAAGAGAAUUUAGACAAGUCUGCAUUUCAUAUUCUUCUACUGUGUUAAAAAAAAGUAAUAAAGUGAACUUUGUUUUAAAAA